GUGCCCGCGUAACGUUCUAUCGCGUUUAUUGAACGCCUGAGGAUUAGGACAUCCUACCUGAAGGCGCAGAUCCUGCAGGCUCUUAGAUCCAGGAGCCCGUAGGUGCGCUGGACAUAGGAUCGCAUUGAUCCGUUGUGGCAUUGAUUCGCGCUCUCGUUCAUACACGAUCUGGCGGGGAGCUUAAGCACUACCGAACAAAGAUGUUAGGAUCGUUAUUCGGUGAGCUGCACCAUGGAAGACCGCGGUCGUGCCUACGCUCCAACUUCAAGCACAUGCUCUUCCGUGUUGUUCCUCAUGUAUCAGGUCAUAACAUAUCACGAGUAGCAUUCGUCUACUUCGGUAGUGUACACCGCACACCCUGACCAGACUCGAAUCUUUGAAUGCCACAUACCCAUACCUCCAUUUAUCUCGUAUCAAAUGAUUAUACAGAAGCCGCAGAGACAUUCACGGAGCCUUUGUUCAUCCACCGCAUCUCCGACCUGGAACAUGAUACCAUGUGGAGUGAAACGAAUACUAUCAGAUGUAUCCUGGACAGGGCACCGAUGGGUUGCACAGACCAAGGAACCAACAUAUCUCGGCAAAAUGCCAGUCAAAUAAUGAAUCGAUUGGAAAUGAUGAGGAGCGCUGAGCUUGCAUGCUCACGUCCUCGGACCUUCAAUGAAGUUGUUUUCUUCCGGUCAGUGAAAUAUCGCUGGCGGGAGCCAGAGGCUGGAAAUGGACACCAAGAACGUUAUUUGUAGGCCUCGGCAGUCUGCGAUCACGGGCAACAAUAGUUAUCGACUCAAGUGAAAGAGAGGCCGUUCUCUCCUGGACGAUGCUAAGCUUUCUUGAGAACGAUGUUGAAAUAGCAGACAUAAAGAGACGGGGGACUCAAGUCUCAGCUGCUGCUAUACUAUGCAAAAUAUGAAAUGGCGUAAUGAGCAUUGAUACUAGGGAUAUUUCUGAACGAACUAGCCCUGGCUGUGGUACUAGCGAACAAGAUCUCAACAUGGGAGAAUGACAACAACCGCAUGAACAAAGAAAACAGGAAGAAAUUAUUGAGAAACCG